GCUUGAACCCGUUUGUCAGCCAGCCCUUUGGCGUCUGCUAGCAGCGUACUCUCCACUCGGCGCUCCACUCCCCAGCCGUGCGUGUGUGUAGCUUUUUGAGUUGUUCACGUCGUUGGACGGGUUCGUAAGGAUUGUUGUUGUUGUUGUGUCGGCGGCGGUGGCGUGGUGGUGGUGUAGUGAUGGUGUAGCCCAACGCACACGCUGAUAAAACAGCAGCGACUUGAGCGGGCGAGUGUCACUGGCAGCGUGGUUGUGGUGGCGAUAGCGGGUGGUGGCGGUGGUGGUAGCGGUGAUGGUGGUUACAGCGAUGUGCGGCAGGGAGGCCAGUCACUGCGCCAUGUCCUCUGUGCCAGCGUGCGUUUCAGCUCGGUUAUCAGGACUUGCCAGGUCUGUAGGAGCCAUGCCAAGUGACGACUGCCAGAGGCCGAAUGCAGCUGUCUUUAGGAUUAUAUUCCCUUCGUGAACUCGCUUCGUCUGAACUGAUCCGUUGCUGGACGAAGCGUGGACCCAAUGCGCUCCCUCGCCAUCUUAGCUUCAGAGCCAAGAAAUGUCAGGUAGCAGAAGCAUUAGCAGCGAUCUCUGCAGGACUGAAGCUUGACGAGAGGUUUCCGUGACCAGUCCACCCACUGACCUACUAGUUCUCUGCAACACAAAUGCCAUGUUCUCAAGCACCGGCCAGCACCAGCCUGAACCUCCAUCCCAGCAGCGAACCCCCCCGACCUUCGCCGGUGGCAGCGGCGACCCCCAGCAGACGGGGUAUUCCAACCACGGGUACCCAACGCCUCUGCCUUCGGAGGCAGCUUGAACUGCAGUUCCCCGACCCCGCUACCUCCACGCGUCCAGACAGCAAGCAGCAAGCCCUACAGGAGGAGGGGCGGCCGGUCAUGCAGGCGAUGCUGCAUGCUUGUCGCCCCUGAACGACUACCCAAUGCCGUCGCCUUCCAACUCAGGCUGGGUGACGGCCAUGGGGGAGGCGACAGUGCAAUGCCCCCGCACUGGCAACCUGGUGCCGCACAACGCCCUCUCGCAGCAAGAGCUGCGCGAGUUCUCGAUGGCUCGCUCUCACGACUUCGCCUCCCAGCAACAUGUACCCCCACCAUCGUCACCUCACAUGAACCCUGGCAGCCCUGCCAAAUCCCCGCAGUGCACCGCGUACAACAACCAGGUGAUGUCCGCGGUGCUGGCGUCGAUGACGUUUGCAGGUGGGCAAAGGGGUGUGGUGGAAGCAGCAGGCUCGUUUUCGAUCGGAUCGCCAGAAGUGUCGCAAGGGUCGAGCCUUGACGCGUCGCCAGGAAAUGGGUUUUCGUAUGGCUCCGCGGACGACGAGCCUUUCAUGGCAGGCAACUCUCCUUUUCAGAUGAGCGGCGGGGAGGAGCUGUUCGGUUCGGUUCCCUCCGUUUUCACCCACCGCAUGAACGGUGAUUUGACCCUGGGAGUGAAUCUUAACACGCACACAAGCGAGCAAGGUGUCGCGGCGCAGAAUGUAGCUUUCAGCGCUGGUCAAACCUUUCAGACACAAGGGUCUCCUGUAAACAGCCCCCACAUGUCCCCUUUAGAAGUGCUCAGACAUUUCCCGUUGCAACAGCAGCAGCAGCAGCAGCAGCAACAACAACAACAACAACAACAACAACAACAACAACAGCAGCAGCAGCAGCAGCAGCAGCAGGUGUCUGGAACGGCCAGUGAAGGUUACUGCCGGCGGUCUCGGUCGGGGAUCGGAAAAAGCCCGACUCGGAAAAGCUCGGACCGCCAGUCGCCAGCUCCCUAUUCUCCGCAGCGGCGACCUCGCACGCACUCCGAGAGCUCGGCCACCGUGUCGGACGAACUAAACGACAUGAACCUCGGCACAGGGGUGCCUUCUCCGGCCGGCUCGUCGCUGUCCCCAGGCUGCGAGUCCGCCAUAUCUUCCCUGCAUGGUCUCCACGACAACCAAAUGGCAGCAUCCGACGCACAGACGUACGCCAUGCCUACCUCUGCUUCUGGAAACUACCUGCUGUUAGAGCAGUUGGUGAACUCCGCGGACACCCUGGGCCCCUUCUCAGCGAUGGACUCGUACCGGGAGGAGGAGGCGGAGUUGGCGGAGCUGUUGACCGCAUCCUCAGCAUUCGGGCUCGUCAUCUGUACAACAAGCACAAAGUUUUGUAUCGGAGCUCAUGUCGCUAGAGACGGUCAUGGACAGCAUUUCCACGGCUACUGGCGGGGGUUCGGACAUGUACGAGUCUUUCCCUCUGCUGGCGGACAGCGUCAUGGAGGCCACCUUACCCGAGCCACCGGCUGGCGCGGGCAUGAAUGAGGAAUCGGCAUCUCUUCCGCGAAUGGAGUCGGACGACAGUAUGAAGAUGUGUGUCGGCGAGCUGGACGUAUAUUCUGGAAGGAGGUCGGUAGAAGGCGAGAGCCCUUCCUCGUCAGACGGAUUAGCAUUCGGGGUGGCGGAGAACGGUAUGGGUAGAACAUUGUCCAGGCGCUGCACUCCCACCCCCGGCGAGCACGUGGCAGAAGGUUGGGGGUCGUCAGAGGGAGGCGCUGGCGCCGGGCCACACCCUUCGGACUUGUCGGGCUUGCCUUUCCCUCACAGCCAGGAGUCUGUGGUGCUGCACCCGUCCCUGGAGAACCCCUACAACCCCAAACUGCCCACCCCGCCCAUCGUCCUGACUCCUUUCACCAGCUACGAGACGUACAUGCGCAGCGAUGACAAUUUCGAUGAGUUCAUCUUCCGGACGUGCUCAACUACAGCUCUGCUGAUCUGCCACAGCCGUCGGCUGCGGCGGAGGAGUUUGCCGCGCCGCCGGCCGCCGACAGCAAUGGUGCAGUUCGGCAGAACGAGCUUGCCGCUGCCGUGCGACUGUCGGGUGGCGCCGAGUUCUUGCCGCAGGCGGGUGGCGUGUGGCGGACGACCUUCUCUAACGACCUGCCCUACAGUAGCAGCGACGUGCAGCAGCUGCACGACACGUCAGGGAGUAUGUACGGCUUGAGCCAGCAAGUUGGCGGCAACUCCCAGCAGCAGCACUGGCUUCGGACAGUGACCCAGGCAACCUUCCUCGAUACCACCGCUCACACUCCUUCCAGGACAACAGCCUGCGGCCGCAGGCCCACGGACUGGUCAGCUUGCAUCACUGUCACAGCGAUUCUAGCCUCGUGGACCACGGGGGAGGAAGUUUCGACAACUGCCACUUGGGGCUGGCGGCCGGGGGCAACGGCGGUGCUGGUGGGCGGGACGGUGGGAUUGUCCUGUCCGGGGGGCAACCCUUCGACGCCUGGUCGACCCCGGAAGCUUUUUCCGUAGACAGAAGAAACCGUCAUCGCUCGCGAUCGGCUUCUCCGUGCACCAACACUCGUGCAGAAAUCCUCUUCAAGCUACGAAAGGUGGUGGAAAGGCGACUGUCGGGGGCCGACUUCCGGAUUACCGGCAGCACUCACCGGAAGUGACUUGGCAUGACCUCCUGAACCCCUGCGUCCGCAUGCUUCUUUUCGGAUCACAAUAAGUGUAGUAAUUCACCUUUUUUUGUUUUUUGGUUUUUUCACUCACUUUUCAGGUGUUGGUGUCGAUUAACAAUACUGCCAGAGAUCAUCUCACUCACUGGAGUGACGGGGGGCGGGAGAUCGCAUUUCUGUGUACAUUUCUAUCGCCCGAUUUUCAACGCAAAAACCUAUUUUUUUACGAUAUUGUGCAUAAACGCGAGCUUUGUUAUACAUUCCCUAACAGAGAUCAUUAUGACAUUUUUGUGAACCCUC